UUCCAACCUGGCAACAUUGAUGUAAAAAUAAAUACGAAUGAGUUAAUUUUUGGUGUUAAUAUUUAGCGUUUUCGCUAGGAAUUGCCGCAAAAACUUUCAACACAUAGGUUUUUAAGACUUUUUUAGGUUAGGAUUCACUGGUAGGCACAUUAUUUACCAAAUUUGUGUUGUACUGGACUAGCAUAAUUACACUGUGCUAUUAAAUAAAUAAAAAAAAAUGGCAAUUCUAUCACUUGCAGGUGUAUUCAGCAGACUUACUCUUCAAGUGAUUGAAAGGCAUGCACCUCGGGGUAUUUCUACAGGGGUGGUGGCAAACUUUAAAGCAACGCCAUAUUUAAUGGCGGAACCACUGAAGAAAAAGAAACGGGUUGACCCUGCAGUUUUGAAAGCGAGAGAAGAACGCAAAAAGAAAAAAAUUGAAAAACAAAUCAGACGCCUGGAAAAAAAUGCUAGACAGUUGAAACCUAUUGAAGAAUGUGAAGUCCCUCUCAGUUUGUUAGAUGAAAAAAAAGUGCGCAUGAGAUCAUUACCUGCUUUUACCGCUGAAGCUUUGGAAAGUCGGGCACUUCUCGAAAAACAAUGGGCGGCUUAUAAGAGAGAUCAAUACGUAGCUGAUGUGCAAAUGUUAGAUUCGAUAGAAUUUUCACAAACUAAAGCUUUAGACGAAUUGAGAAAAGAAUCCGAAGAACUGUAUCAAGAAGCAAUGAAGAUCGAUCAUAGGUUAUUACCAUUUAAGCGAGAAAGUCCACUGGAAACGCCAGCCCUUGAUAAUUAUGACAGUCCCGAUGGCGAUUACCUGGAUGUCUCCAAGAAGUGGGAAUAGUUUUGAGUAAUAUUGUAAUUAUUUCUGUAUUGUUAUUCCAGUAUAAAAUUAUAAAAUUUGGACAGCAAUAA